UCGAUUAGUUGUUGCAGCGCUAGUUCAAACAUGUGGCAACUUGUCCAGGGUGUACUCCGCCUUCCGCCCGAUUGCAGCUGAGAUAAUAGGCUCCAGCGACCCCGAAAGGGACAAGCGGUAGGAAAUGGAUGGAUGGAUGUCAAAUGAUCUUAGCAUGCUAGCAGUUGGCUAACAAGCAUUUGGACUUUGGAAGAGCUGAAAUGUGGAAUAUGAAGAAGAUUGUAUAUAUUCCAUUUUCUACCGCUUGUCCCUUUCGGGGUCGCUUGCCCAUUAAUUUUCAAGGCUGUCACGAUCCCUUAUUGUCGUUAUACAAAACAACGUGACGUCAUCGGUGUGUUGUUUUGGUCCACGUGGAGGAAACCAGCAGCUCGGCGACGAUGACGUAACACCUUACCGAGACGUCUCACUCUGUUCUCAUUUCCCGCACACUUUGUUGAGACCAAAAUAAUCCAAACUGCUUUCCAAAGUGUAACUUUUGAAGAUAUUGGGGCGUCGAAGUGUCCGCGAGGAGUCUUUUAGUGUUCUUUUCUUCAACAACACAACCGGGCACCCUUAUUUUGAAGGCGGGCCCUUCAGCGGAAGUCACGUCUCACGCGUGUUCCUGUUGCCACGGCGUACUACUCUGACAGGUACACGAAUGACACACAAGCAGUUACACGCACGCCCUGGCGGUGCCUAUAAAGGCAGGAGACCCACGGCGGCAGACACCACACACGCAAAGCGAGACACCUCUAGAAGACGACACGCUGACCGGAAGUAUGGGCGUCCUCAUCUCCCGCCUCUUCUCCAUGUUUACAUCCAAAACUCCCGCCAGGAUCCUGAUGGUGGGUCUGGAUGCUGCAGGGAAAACCACACUGCUGUACAGAAUGAAGCUGGCUGAGGUGGUCACCACCAUUCCUACUGUUGGCUUUAACGUGGAGACAGUGGAAUAUAAAAACAUCACUUUUACUGUUUGGGACGUUGGUGGUCAAACUAUCAUUAGACCACUCUGGAAACACUACUACGUUAAUACACAAGGUGUGAUAUUCGUGGUGGACAGCAACGACCCUCAGAGGAUCAAAGAAGCUGCAGAGGAGCUGCACUGCAUGCUGGAAGAGGAGGAGCUGAGGAAGGUGUCCUUGUUGGUGUUGGCCAACAAACAAGACCUCCCUCACGCCAUGUCUGUCAGCGAGGUCACCACCGCCCUGCGCCUGGCGGGGGUCUCCCAGCAGUACCAUGUCCAGGCGUCGUGUGCGGUGAGUGGGACGGGUCUGGUGGAAGGCCUGGAUUGGCUCUCCAGGCAGAUCCUGAACCAGUUGUAGCCCACACCAAGUCCGGAGCCUUGCUGGAUGAACAAAGUGAAGAAGAUGGAUUUAUUUCAUCAAACCUUAUAAAAGCCAUGAUGGCUCCGCCCCUUCCUCUCAUCUUCCACGAGCCAAUCAUCUUCUUACCCCGUCUUGUUGCCUUCCUGUCAAUCUUCCAUCCAUCCCGUGGUCACAGUGCACUUUAAAACACUACACUUGAUCUUGGUCUUGUACAAAUAUCUUCUUUUUUAUCGCAGUUUGUUCCUCAAUAAAGUUGUUAUGGGUGCACCAA